AUGGCAGGCUGGAAUGACCUUCCUACUGAGCUUCGGUUGGCCAUUCUGGAGCUCCUGGCGGAAGAUCCUGGUCUCCAGGAUCCCGCCGCUGGAAAAAGGCCAUUGUCCUGCUACGUAUGUGUGUGUCGGGAAUGGCAGGACGUUUUCGAAAAGAGAAACUUUGCCCAUAUUAGACUGUCACCUGCGUGUUUGAGAGCCUUCAGCCGACUCGUUCGUCCCAGGAGCAUGAUCCGUCACAUCUGGCUUUGCAUCAACCUAAAGACUUACAACUGCGUGAAGUGCUAUGUUUCGCACGAGAUUUCUGAUAUUUACAGCAGCAAGGUCCUCGUCGGAGAAACCAUCUCGAAUCUGUUUUACAUCCUCAGUCGCUGGUGCCUGACUGACACCGAGAACGGUAACGGGAUCAGCUUAGAAAUCAGUGCCCACGCUCCUGGCGACUAUCGCGAUGCGUUUGGCUCCCGGGCUUUCCAAGUUGCCUACACAGCUCCUUAUGACCCUAUCGAGCAGUGCAACUGCCUCGAUCCCCAUGUCACAGACACGCGGAGCAUUUCCAUUAUCCGUCUCUUUACCUUGCCAAUGACCCUGCUUCCUGAGCUGACCUUGCCCAUGGUGGGUGUGGUCACCACACUGAUCGUGCGUCGUCAGACGCAUCGCCAGUUUUCCGCAGAAUCAUACAGUCGGAUCGUCUGCCAUUUACCCAAUCUUCGCUAUAUCCGCCACGAGACCUGGAGGGAGCUCUCGAGAUCAUCUCAGCCUGUGAUGGAUGCAGAUAAUAGAAAACUUCUGUGGACCGUCUUCCCUCAGACCCUGAAAAGCCUCUCCCUCUUCAAGGAUUUCAAUGAACACUUCAUCUACGAGUUCCACGGACCGGCCGAGUUCCACGACGAACUCUUUCGCGAUAUCGACCCAUCCGUCGGUUUCGCUCUCGCAGCAAAGAGUCAGCGUCUGGAACAUCUAUCUGCGGGGUUCAUCGUGGAUGCCACGUCAUUCUUCAUCGGGAUUCGCCGCAACUGGGGCUGGGAUAAUCUUCUCACACUGGCUUUGACAUCCAAUCUCUUCCAACCUGACAUGGACCUAGAGGGUGUCAACGAAUUGCUGUUUCUCGCCGGAAAAGCCGCGCUCAAGAUGCCGCAGCUUCGCGUCAUGGAGCUCUGGAACGGCGGACACGGGUUUGGAUCCAUCUUCCGCUACGACAGAAGAGACGAUUUUGCUUCGGUUACGUGGCUGAGCAGCGUCUUGAAGCUGCAGUUCCGCGUUGGAGUGGUUGACGUUUGGAACGAGGUGGCGCAUCAUCACGACCGGCCGGGAGUUCGCUUUUUUGUCGAGACAUUGGAUAGAAACGGGCUUUUGUCCCAUGGGGAUACGAUCAAUAUGCUUGUCCUCAGAUAUGAGGUGCUGGAUCCUAUGUCGUUAUAUCAGAUUGUUAUGGAGGGGAGAUAUUACAGCUGA